GACAAUUGGUAUGUGACAUAAAUUCGCGAGCCGUGUGCGAUCUAUACCGUGAACAUGUCUUCGACAAAAUUAAGUUUAUUAAUAUGUACGGUGCUUAGUGUUAUUUUUAGUAUAAACACUCAAACAGUACACAAACGGUUUGAGUAUAAAUAUUCUUUUAAACCACCAUAUUUAGCUCAAAAAGAUGGAACGGUUCCGUUUUGGGAAUACGGUGGCAAUGCGAUAGCAUCAGGAGAAAGCGUCCGAUUGGCGCCGUCGCUGCGCAGUCAGAAGGGCGCGAUAUGGACCAAGCAGCCGAUUAACUUCGACUGGUGGGAGGUGGACGUCAUGUUCAAGGUCACCGGCCGAGGGAGAAUAGGAGCUGAUGGUUUGGCAUUCUGGUAUACGACGCAACGUGGUGACUACAAUGGUGAUGUGUUUGGUUCAUCAGACCGAUGGAAUGGGCUCGCUGUUAUGUUUGACUCCUUUGAUAAUGACAACAAACACAACAACCCCUAUAUAAUGGCGGUUGUCAAUGAUGGCACAAAGAACUUUGACCACAAGAGUGAUGGAUCAACGCAGCUGUUGUCCGGCUGCCUGCGAGACUUCCGUAACAAGCCGUUCCCGACGCGCGCUCGUAUUGAAUACUACCUCAACACGCUUACUGUGUACUUCCACAAUGGAAUGACGAAUAACGAAAAGGACUACGAGUUGUGUUUCCGUGCGGAGAACGUGGCGCUGCCGCGCGGCGGACACUUCGGUCUGUCCGCGGCGACGGGCGGGCUGGCGGACGACCAUGACGUCAUACACCUCCUCACUACGUCACUGCACAGCACGCAGCAACAAGGUGGUCAGCAGAUCAGCAACGACGAACAGCAGAAACUGUCGCAGGAAUACCAGGAGUACCAGAAAAAGUUGGAGCAGCAGAAGACUGAGUACAGGAAGGAGCAUCCUGAUGAAGUGCGCGACAAAGAGGGCGAGUUCGACGACUGGUUCGAGUCCGACGGCCAGCGCGAGCUGAGACAGAUCUUCCAGGGCCAGGGACAGAUACACGACAUCCUCAGGGAUCUCAAUAAAAAAGUUGACGAGGUGAUCGGCAAGCAGAUGAACUCGCUAUCAAUGUUGACAGCCGUGUACAGCCAGUCGCAAGGACAGCCCAUACAGCCCGUACAGCCCGGACAACCUCCCAUGCAGAUGCCAGCGCUGCCUAUUGGGCGACAGGAUUGGGACGCGCUUGUCGCUAAUAACCAGCUGAUGAUCAACACUAUUGCUGAACUCAAAGGUUUUAUUAUCGACGUGUCUCGUAAGUCUGAUUCGCUGUUGGCGGCGGGCGGGGCAGGAGCGGCGGGCGGGGCGGGGGGCGCGGCCAUCAACCCGCAGUUCCUCAACGAGAUGAGGGACAAUGUCAAUCAAGUCAAACAGGCCAUUAAUGGAGUCGCACAGAGAUUGACGCAAGCCCCUCAAAUGUCGGCGCAGUCGUCGUGCCCCGAGGUGUCGUGUGUGGGCACCACCACACUGCUGCUGGCGGUGGCCGCGCAGCUCACACUCAUGUUCCUCUACACAUUGUACAAAGAAAGAAAAGAAGCACAAGCAAAAAAAUUCUUCUAAGUCGUGCGUAAAAUCAUUGUUGAAUUCACAGUACUUGUAAAUAAUACGAUCAAUUGCCAAAUGACGAUAAAAAAAUUCAUUAUAAUUAGUUAAAUGUCACAAAUUAAUACAUAAAUACACAAAUAAGAUGUGUAAUUAACUAACAAUGUGUACUUAAUUGAGUGAAAUAAUUUGUAAAAAUGAUAUGUGUAGCACAAAGUUAAUAUUAAACAAAUUAAUGUCAAUAUUAAAUGUAAUUUCAAAGUUUUAGUAAAUAGAAUUAAGGUGGGGAGCAACGAUCCGUUGCCAGGUCUUUUAAAUACUCCACAAUAAGUAGAACUACAGGGUAAAUUAAAGACAUUUUUAAAAAUAUAAUUAUGUUCCUAUCCUAUCCUAUUUAUAUUUUUAGAACUUUUAUGUCAUUUUUCUCAAGCAAUAAAUAAAAAAACUUAAAAGUAUGGUAAAUAUUGUAUCAAAACAAAAUGAUCAAAUAAUGAUUUAUGAUCUUAUAACUUCUAAAUAUACUCUUGCAUCUAUUUUAGUGUUUAUUUAUAGUUAUCUAAAAAUAUUCUCAAAAGUCAACGAUUUUUCACCUCUUAUUAUAAACUUUUAAUACAAGACCUGGCUGCGUUUCUAUAAACGGUUGUUAGUUAUACUAAAUGUGCAAAACUCAUAGUAAUAAUUUUGUAUCAAUAAUAUCUAAAUGUGUAUAUUAUUAACUAAAAAUAGGUUAUAUAUCGCGUUAAUCUGCGUGAAGUUAGCAACAAGUUGCAUGUCUCGAAACGUUUCUCUCUCGCACUUACCAGUCUAGUGUAUGCUGUCUCGCUCGCACCCGUGAGCUGUGCUUUUGCGAAGCUAACUUCAGACAUUAAACGUGAAGUGUAUUCCAAUAUGAGUAAUGUGAAUUUAACAAUAGAACAAUAUUUUUUUACCAAUAUUGUGAGUGUGUAUGGAUAAGUGAAAUUAUAUGAUUCCUGUAAAUAAAUUAUAUUUAUAGCAUUUCUCUGUUUAGUAAAUUUUACUAUGUGAGAGGUUCGUUUCAUCGUCAACUGCAAACGGACCUCAUUACCAGCUUUCAAAUUUAUAAGAUAUCGAUGUUCGUGCAUUUCUUUUGUGUAGAAAGUGACGUUAAAUUUUAUAAUUACAUGUUUUUUUUUUCUA